AUCUGUUUUUCUGUAAAUUUUAUAAAAACAAAAAAGGUGUGAAGAUGUGACGCUUCGAUGUACGUCAUGAAUUACAGGGAUUAAAAAUCAAAAGGUCAAAAAGCGAAAAAUUGGGUGAUGUUUUGUAACAUUCUGAAUUUUGUGCUGAGAUUGGUCUGAGUUUUUUUGAACAAGCAGAGUAGAAAAUGGAGAAGGACUGAUUACUGGAUUUGUGUUAAUGGUGUGGCAUGGAUUUGUGGAUGUGGGUGCUGCAUUUGAAGGCUUAAUCUGAGGAGUAAUCCAACAUGAAAUGACCAGGAUUCGGUUUCUUUGAGCAUUUGGGUAUUGCGUAUUGCGUAUUCUGGUGUGUGACAGUCUAGAAAUUUGCAGGCAUUGGAGCUUCUCUGGCUAGAGAGCUGUUUUUCGUGCUAUUUACAGACUUGAGUGUGCUAUGCUGGUAGGUUCUUUGUGUGGGAAAGUUAGAAUGACAAGGACUAGGGCUUUCUGUAUGCAUAUGUGGAUUUUGGUGUGGUACAUAUGUGGGAUUCUGAGCUGUGGGGACGCGUUCCAGGUUAGAAAAUGGUCUAUCAAUCACGUGACCAAUCCAGUUUUAAAUGGCGAAGCUCAGAGGAAUUUUGGGUCUUCCCAAGUUAUAAAGCAUGAUGGAAUACUAGGACAGUCUCCAUCUCCUUCUAGGCUUCCUAGUGGAUAUAAUGUAAGGCACAGGUCUAGAAGGCUGGUUUUGGGUAUUGUGUUCGGCAGCUUGACUGGUUUGGCUGCUGCAGGGAUUGUGGCUACUUUCAUGAGAGCUGCUGUGAUAUAUCUUAAUAGGACUCCUCUGAUAAGGGGUCCGAUUGUGUUCGAUCCUAGGAUUGGUCCUAAAGUGCUCUCAUUUUUAGGGCAAGGGGGUUGCUUGGAUGAAGCAGACCUGGUGGGAGUCGGUCCCAAUGGGAGGGUUUAUAAAGCCAAUCUAGAUAAUGGGGUGUCUGUUGCAGUGAAGAGGAUUAAUGGAGUGGAAGCCUAUGAUGCGCUGAGCACAUCUGUCAAGAGACAGAUUCAGGAGGAGUUGCAGGUUAUAGGCAAGGUCAGGCAUAGAAAUGUGGUUUCCCUGCAAGCAUAUAUUCGUCACACCAAUGCUCAUCUGUUAGUAUGUGACUUUGUCUCCAAAGAGAGCCUUGGUGAUGCUAUGAAGAGAAUUAGGGAUAAUCAGCUGCAGCUGAGCUGGCCAAUGCGGCAUAAAAUAGCUGUUGGGAUAGUAGUGGGUCUUCAGUAUCUUCAUUUCCAAUGCAACCCUCAAGUUACACACUGUAAUCUCAAGCCCGGAAACAUUCUUCUUGAUGAUAACUAUGAGCCUCAUUUGGCUGAUUUUGGAUUGAGUAGGUUUAUUAUGCCCAACAGUGGUGCAGCAGGGUAUGUUGCUCCGGAGUGUUAUCAGGGCUGCAGGUACACAGACAAGAGUGAUGUGUUUAGCUUUGGAGUGGUUUUAGCUGUUUUACUCACGGCUAAAGAUCCCACAGAUAGCUUUUUUAAUGAAGUUCCAGGGGGAAGUAUUGGUUGUUGGCUUAGGCGGCUUCAACAGAGCGGGAAGGCCAUUGAAGCUCUUGAUAAAGGGAUAAUUGAAGGAGGAGAAGAUCAAGAAGAGGAGAUGCUAAUGGCAGUGAGGAUAGCUGUAGCUUGCCUUGCUGAUGUGCCUGCAGAUCGCCCAUCUAGUGCAGAAUUGGCCCCCAUGCUUACACAGUUACAUAGCUUUUAGUGGCUUCUGCUUGGGCGUUCUUGUUGCUUUGUUGACAGAUUUAGCUUCAAGUUGCUUCUCCUUGGGUAUUUUUGUUGCUUUGUUGACGGUUAAAGAUCACACAGAUUUAUCUAGAGUUUCUUGACUAUGGUUGUAGGGCCUUAUAUGGCAUUUGUUUGGGGUAUCUUCACAGACUAGGAAGAGCUUUGCAGCUUUUGAUAGAGGGAUUAUUAGGUGAAGUGAAGAACAACAAGAGUCAACACUGAGGUCUGUAAUUAUAGCUGCCAUGUGUCACACGGAUGCCUGUGGAUUGCCGUUCUAGAGAAGACUUGGAUUCAAUGCCUAUUCAGUUGUAUAGUUUCUAGAAGGACUAUUCUACUUCACCUUUCUCAUAGCAUUACAGUUGGUUUAUCCUUCAUUGUGAGAUCCUUUACUUUUCUAUAAUAGAAAUGGGAUUUUUCAAAUUAGAGAUUAAAA